AUGUACGAACCAGCUCCUCCUCGUCCCAAAAAGACCAACAUAUAUCGCUCUCGCACCGGUUGUAAAGUGUGCAGGCAGAGACGGAAAAAGUGCGAUGAGCGGAAACCUUGCAGCCUAUGUAUGAAGCUCGGGGUAUCCUGUGAGCAGAUCUUCCCAACUUUCGAGUUUCGCAGCGUCGUAGGUCCGUCAAGGUCCCGCAAAGCUGGGGUGCGACAAGGCACUUCGCCGCGUCAGCCUGGUCAGCCAUCAGACAAACGUGUUGCUGUAACAUGGGCUCCGCCAAAGCAUGCGCGAUUCUCGUCCCCUAGAGUCGAGGGCGGUGUUGACGCAACUUUCGGCCAUGACAUUUUAUUAAAUGAAGACACGACCCUAGAGACGGACUUGAGCCUAUCAUAUGCCCUAGAUACUGACAAUGGAAACCGAGAAACUCUCUCUGGCUCCCGCCCUUUGGAAGAAUUGUCGCACUUGGGGAGCGCCGAUGGGAUGGCUAUCGGCUUAACCCCAUCCUGUCUGCUACAGCAAAGAACAAAUGACGUCUUCAGAUUCUACAUGAAUGCUUGGGAAGUUCAUUGUGUGCCGGCUCUAAACUUGUCAUUCGAAUUUAUGGCUAUCCGUGGUCAUUCGUCACUCAUCACGGACGCCAUGGCCACCCUUGCAGCCAAUCGCUUGAGUCGGAAACUGCCGCAGAGGCGAUUAUUCAACUCUUCCAAUUCACCAUGGUUCUCCUUCCGACCAGAUUCUGGUCAUGAAUGUCUAAGCAGUGAGUUGUACGGCUCAGCACUGCGUAAAAUGCUGCGCUGGAGCUCUGAAGAGUUUGACUUGUAUCCCAUGUUGGCACUCGUCGUGUUGGUUCUCUUCUGCUAUGUGGAAUCCUCAAUGGGUAACUUCAAAGAGUUUUACACACAUUCCCAAGGUGUAGAAAACCUGUUGAAGAAAUCCGCUAAUCUUGUCUUUCCUCACGGUGCUGGCUUCCUUGCAGCUUGGGUGGAAGUCAAGAUGCAGAAUUGGUGGCGCAGGGCAUAUUUCGGCGUUCCUGAGUUCUUUCAGGCCUACACCGAUCCGUUGCUCGAUCCAAGACUGCAGCUCAUUCUGGACACCGAUAGCGGUCGUACUGCUACUAUACUUUGGAUUCUUUGCGAAUCGCAUCGUCUCAACACUGCCGCUCGCAUUGCGUGCUGGGCAAGGGCAAGGCAGCCAGAUAACGGUCGGACAACCAGAAAAAGCACAACCUUUACAGAUCAUACUGCUUCCUCGUUAGAGCAUACCAUGCUCUUCAGUGAGUUUGUGGCCCCGAUGGAGAUGUACUCCGAAAAGCUAGAGAUGUGGCGCGCAUCCUUCCCAGACUGGAUCGAAGUCACAGGAAAUCCGAAUUGUCCGAAAUACCUUGACCUACGAAGUCCUGAAAAUGAGGCUAUAUAUUUCCCGUCCCAUAAGUUAGCCAUGAACAUGGCUUAUUAUGUGGCGGCCCGUGUUAUGCACGGCUACGGGCCACUGGAAAGCUUUACAAGUGCAUCAAUCCAUAAUAUUGACGAUAUUUAUGAGGAAACAGAAGCUUGGAUCUUCAUCUUGCUGCGCAUCGCUGCUGGGAUCAGCUGGGAAGAGUGCAUUUCCCUCAAUGCUUAUACCAUCGGGUUCGCUGGACUGUUACUUUCGUGUGCUCUCUGCUCUCGACGUCUUGAAACUGGGCUUUGGAUCGAAGAGUGGUUAGAAAAUCGUCUAGAGCCGGGCAGGUUCGAAGAGGGAAACUUCCCUGUCUUUCAAAUUCUAGAUGCGGGGGAAGUUUGGGUCAUAUUCGAGCCAGCGAAUAUGGUCGAUGUUGGUCUACGGAAGGUGUAG